AAAAUUAUUAUUCCUCAUCUUCAUUUUCUCUGUUUCUUCUUCCCCAUAGACUCCAGAACAUUACAUCCUUUAGUGGUGAAGAAGAUCGGAAUGCUAUGAGUGUUCGGUCGAAAAACUUGAGCUCAGUAUUCUAUGCAGAUUCGUACCAUCCCAUUCAAGUUGGCAGUAUCGACGGCACCGAUGUUGUUCCUCACGACAAUGCCGUUUAUCGUGCUCAAUUAUGUUCCUCUAUUGGCCUCUAUGACCCACUUGGUGAUCCUAAGGCCACUGGAGACCCUUAUUGCACUCUCUUCGUCGCUCGUCUCUCUCGCCUCACCACACAGGAUACUCUCCACAAAGUUAUGAGUAAAUAUGGCCAGGUGAAGAAUUUGCGCUUGGUCAGGGACAUUGUGACAGGAGCAUCUCGUGGUUAUGCUUUUGUUGAAUAUGAAACUGAAAGGGAGAUGCGACGUGCAUAUAUGGAUGCUCAUCAUUUGAUUGUUGAUGAUUGUGAAAUCAUAGUUGAUUACAACAGACAACAAUUGAUGCCUGGAUGGAUUCCUAGAAGGUUAGGUGGUGGUCUCAGUGGUAAGAAGGAAUCAGGGCAACUUCGUUUUGGGGGAAGAGAAAAACCAUUUCGUGCACCCUUGAAACCAAUCCCAUAUGAGGAGUUGAAGAAGCUUGGCAUACCCCAUCCGCCAGAAGGAAGAUACAUGUCACGCUUUCAGGUUCCAUCGCCUCCUAGAAGAGAAAGGAGUCUUUCAGAUAGGGAAGAACAAUAUUAUAAACAUAGAAGGGAAUCCGACAACAGAAACAGAAAGGAAGAUACCCUCAGAAGUUCAGUGGACAUUAAAGAAGAACAUCACAGAAAGAGUUCAAGACACCGAGAUGAUGAUCACUCCCGUGGGAGGAGCUCAUCAGAGAGGAGUGGUCGGUACCAUGAGAGGAGUUCAUCCGAGAAAGAGCAUCUUCAUUGGAGAUCUACAAACAAAGACAACAGGAGUUCAUCUGAGAAAGAACCUCCACACAGGAGUUCUAAUGACAAAGACAAACAUCUUCACCGGAGAUCUACAGACAAAGACAACAGGAGUUCAUCUGAGAAAGAACAUCGACACCACCGGAGUUCUAAUGACAAAGACAAACAUUCACGGAAGAGAAAAGAAAGAGAUGAACGGUCUCAAACACAGGGUAAAUAUAGUCGUCAUUCCCCUCACAAGGACUAACUCCACUCCACAAAUUAUUCUUACCCUUCUGUGUGCUUUUGUGUUGUGUUCCGUCUAUGCAUGGGAUCCUCAACAUGAGACUGUUUCAUGUAUAGGUAGAUGAAAAUCACUUCUUUUGUUUAUAUUUUCUUAGGGUGUUAUAUGCAGAAACAAUAAAUUUCAUAGCAGGCACCUGUUGCUGUGCAGAACUCACAUAUGAUGAAUUGAUGAUUAUUAGAGUUGGCUUUGUUUUGUA